AUGUUUAUUUCAAAUAAAGAUUCGAUUGAAUAUUUUCUUGAUACAUGUUGUUCAUUAAAUGGAAAUGAACGAAUUUAUUUAUCAUGUGGUUUAAAUGAAAAAAUUCAUUUGAAUUUAAUUGAAAUUUAUUUUAAUUCUGAUUCAUCAUGUUUAUCACCUUAUUCUUGUUGUCAAAAACGAACAAAAUGUUCACGACGAAUAACAAAAUAUUUUAGUUUACAUUGUGAUGAACAAAAUUCAUGUUGGAUUAAUAAAACUUGUUUAAAAAUUUAUAAAUCUUGUGCAAAUUCCAAUGAUUAUUAUGGACAAUAUUUAACAAUUAAUUAUUCAUGUUUAUCAUUGAAUGAAAAUUUAACAAAAAUUGUCGAUGAAGAAAUUCUUAAUCCAUUUAUUGUUAAAUUAUUUACUGAAAAGAAAAAUGAAAGAAAAUCAUUUGAAAAUUCUCAAAUAUUUUUAAUUGGAAUUAUUUCUUCAUUUAUAUUUCUUAUGUUAAUUAUUUAUUCAUUUGCAAAUUUUAUUGGAAAAAAAUUUUGUCAAAAUAUUUCUCAAAAGAAUCAAUCACAACAAAUUGAUUUAAUUCCAAAAAAGAUUCUUGUUAAACAUGAUCAAGAUCAGAAAAUAACUGUUCAAUCUGUCAAUUGUCCAUCUCCAACACGAAUUUAUCCAAUAAAAACAACUUUUACAUCAAAUCCAAAAUCAUUUUAUAUUCCUCAUUCACAUUAUUCAUAUCGACCAUUUAUUAAUGUUUAUCAAGAUCCUUUUACAGGACAAAUUUCAUCAAGAACAUUUUAUUAUUAUUAA